AUGCAUUGUAUAGUUUAUUUAGACGUUUUGAAGUUCACGUGGUAAACAAUAAUAUAUAAGCUGAUCACCUGAUAGAAAACAUUAGAAAGGAUUUUGAAACAACCAUCAUCUGUUAAACGUAUCAAACAUGAAAGCAGUUUUUGAAAUCGUCCUUGCGGUGUAUUUUGUUUGUUGUGUUGCGGCACAAGAAUGUCCCAAAUAUCACUACGAGGAGCAAGUUCUAUCAAAGGUUGUCAGACUGGAACACAGAUUAGAACUGCUGGAGAAAAGGGCCGACAAAGAAGACAAAGAAGAUAAAGAAGUACAGCAGUGCCAAGAUAGAUGGAUAAAAUACAAGCGGUCAUGCUACUUCAUAUCAGAGGAUGACAUGUCAUAUGAUAGAGCACGAGCAAACUGCCAAAACCUAAAAGCUGAUUUAGUUCAUAUUGAUAACGCAGACGAAAACACGUUCCUUACCAACCAUCUCAAUACCUUAAAAGGUAUGAGCUUUUGGAUUGGACUCACAGAUGCUGACAGAGAGGGUAUCUUUAAGUGGAUUGACGACAACUCAAGGAUAUCAUUUUCAGACUGGAGUCCAUCACAACCUGAUAAUAGCGGAAAUAAGGAAGACUGUACACACAUUUAUGCAAAGUGGGAUUUUAAAUGGAAUGACCUAAACUGUCUGACUCCAGCAAAGUAUAUUUGUGAAGAGACAAUCACAUAUUGAAAAAGAUGAAAAAAAAAGAAUAUCAGCACAAUAAAAACGUCAUACAAUUUUCUUAAACUGAUAAUAGGGAAGAAACUUCUGAAACGUUUACACGUCCAAAUCAUAAAAUAAUCUAAAGGAGUGCAAAAAGAAAAAGCAACUUAUUAAUUAAAUAUCUUUGAUUUUUUCGAUUCGUGAACGUCCUCCAAUUUUCAAUUAAAAAUUUCAAUUUUUUUCCAAUGACAAGCAUUUUCAGAAUAAGACUCUACUGAGUUAUAAAUGACAUUCUAUAAGUUGUGUCCAAAAUGACGAGUCUGACGAUCUCAGGAAAAAAUCUCAAUUUUUUCAAUUAUGUUCAUGAUAUAUCAUACGAUUAUUGAUGUAUUCAAUUCAAAUAAAUUUCAAAAUUU